AUGGGACAUGUGAGUGAGGUAGAUUUUUCCGUGAUGGCAACAUUUGCGGAAUUUUAUGUUACAAUGCUCGAAUUCGUCAACUUUCGACUUUAUCAGUCAGUUGGACUGUUUUAUCCACCUAAACUUGCUUUUAAAUCGGACAAGCUUGAAGACGAUGAUCAAGCUGAAGAAGGAAGAGUAUACAGUUUAGCGUGUCCACUGUCGAAAUUUGAAAAUUAUGAGGAACAAAUUGAUGCCAAUAUCGGUGAUGAAGUCGAUAAUGUACUCAACGAAAAGUUAUGCGAUGUCGAAAAAAGAAAACAGCUGUUUGCAAACUAUCGUUUUUGGUUAAAUCGUGAAGUCCCAAAGGAUGUUCUUGCAAUUAUUAUAAGAAGCUGUGGUGGCUUGGUUUCCUGGGAAAAUUGUCCAGCGGCACAGUAUUAUGAAAAUGAUGCUCAGAUUACCCACCAAAUAGUGGACAGACCACUACUUGACAGUCAUAAAAAUAUUAACAGAUGUUACGUACAACCGCAGUGGGUCUUCGACAGUUUUAAUAGAAGAAGUUGCCUUUCAAUAAAGAAGUAUCUUCCCGGUGCAAUACUGCCACCUCACUUGUCACCUUUUUCCAGUGAUUAUGACACUUAUGAAGAGCAGCUCAACCAGUUGAGGCUAUUAAGCAAAGCAUCGGCAAACGUGACCAACAGAAUGGAAACUGAGGAAGAAAGCAAAGUGCAAGAAAGGAAAAAAAUUCGAAAAGAAAAGGAAGUACCAAUUAUAAACGUCAACAAAGGUCGAAUGCAUAAAGAAAAUUUGCAGAAGAAACUAAACGAAAAGGGACAUGAACUCAAACUACGUGAAAUGCUCAUACCGAAAAAACGUAGACGAGUGUAUUCCAAAAUCAAGCGAGGAAUUAAACGUCGAGUUCACGAAGAGAAGAAAUUAAAUGAGAAAAGAUUGAAAAUGUUGAAAGCAGCGGAUUGA